AAGUUUAGUUUCCAUAGAUGAUGGGUGAAAUUUGUCCCUUUUGUGUUUUUCUGCAGAUGUCUCGGUGGGAAGUAGUUGAUGUUCUUGUUCUUGUUCUUGAUUCGUGAAAGAAGAACUGAAAGCAUGAAGCUCUCCUUCUCCGUCCCAUCAUCCAAACCCCACUCGAAGCCCAAAGCCGUCUCCAACACCUUCGACGACAAUUCCACCUCCCAAAACGACACCGGCGGAACCAAAUACCUCAUCACCGAAUUCGACCCUUCCAAACCCGCUCCCACCUCCGUCCCCAAAACCCUAAUUCCCCCAAUCCAAAACCAAUGGCAACCCUUCAAGAAGAUGAAGAAUCUCCACCUCCCCACCGCCGCCGACGUCGAAUCCCUCGCCUUCGAACUCCACACCGACGGGGACCAACCCGAAUCCGACAUCUCCUACGGCCUCAACGUCCGUGCCGACAAUAAUCCAGAAGGAAACAACAAAGACGACAGUGAUGCUGCCGCGCCACGGCGUCGAGUUCCGCUGGAGGCCACGGCGCUGCAGAAGCUGAAAAGCGAUCUGGAGAGGCUGCCGGAGGACCAGGGGAUGGAGGAGUUCAAGGAUGUCGCCGUCGAGGGUUACGGCGCGGCACUGCUCGCCGGCUACGGCUGGAAGGAAGGAAUGGGGAUUGGGAGGAACGCCAAGGAGGACGUGAAGGUGGUGGAGAUCAAACGGAGAACUGCCAAGGAAGGAUUAGGGUUUGUCGGUGAUGCUCCUGCCGCGCUCGUUCUGAGCAACAAUGAGAAGGACAACAAGAAGAAGGAGAAGAAGGAGAAGGUUGUUAGGAUUGUUGGGGGAAGAGAUUCUGGGUUGAAGGGUAGUGUUGUGUCUAGGAUUGGGGAUGAUUAUCUUGUUUUGGAGCUUUCAAGGAGUGGAGAGAAGGUGAAGGUGAAGGUGAAGGUUGGUGAUGUUGCUGAAUUGGGUUCUAAGGAGGAAGAGAGGUGUUUGAGGAAAUUGAAGGAGUUGAAGACUCAGAGCGAGGAGGAUAAAGUGUCAAAGAGUAAGCGCGGUAGGGAUGAGGUGGAGGAGAAGAGAGGGGAUCUUAAUAGGAGAAAGGAGAAGAGAGUUGAUGUUGGUAGGAAAGAGGAGAGGAGAGUGGUGGAUCAUAGGAAGGUUUCCUGGCUUACAAGUCACAUUCGUGUUAGGGUGAUUAGCCGGGAUUUGAAAGGGGGGCGGUUGUAUUUGAAGAAGGGGGAGGUUCUGGAUGUUGUUGGGCCUACUACUUGUGAUAUAUCUAUGGAUGAGAACCGGGAGAUUGUUCAAGGAGUGUCACAAGAUGUUCUCGAGACAGUGAUACCGAAACGUGGGGGACCGGUGCUUGUGUUGGCUGGUAAAUACAAGGGUGUCUACGGGAGUCUGGCAGAGAGGGAUUUUGACCGGGAAACUGCCAUUGUUAGGGAUGCUGAUACCCAUGAGCUGCUCAAUGUGAAACUUGAACAGAUUGCAGAGUAUAUAGGGGACCCAAGCUUAUUGGGACAUUGAUUCUGGUGCAUCUGAUGUGGCAUACAACUGUACUUUCAUAUGGAUUAACAGAUAUGCAAGUAUGCAUCUUUGGAAUCUUGCAGUUUUUUUUCUUCAUUUUAAUGCCCCAUGAUAAUUUAAGGAUGAUCAUCCAUUUCAAAUUAUAACUUUUAUUUUGAAGUGUUUCAUAUAUUGAUUGAACUAGCUAGUACCAUAGGAAGAAAAGUUAGCUUUGUAACAAUAAUCUAUUUUCUUUGUUCAGUUACAUUGCUAUACUCUGUAAAAUGGUGUGGCAUCUUCUUAUAUUUAAGACAUUUGUUAUUAACUUUGUUUA